GUAGGAAGAUGUGUUCAAAAACUUGAAAUUAAAUAAUGAGUACUUUGUAUUAUUCUUUUGAAUUAUAACGUAGUUCCACAAAUAAGUUGGCAAGAAUCAGCAGUAUGAUGGCGUAAUAAUUUAGUGACUAUCAAUGUGUGGACAAAUUUCUAAACAUAGUAUCUUAUAUACAGGAUGUUUUACUUUCACAAACACGUGCUCGCGGUGAGCAUUCAUGAUUUGUGACAAUAAAAGAUGUAUUUAAAGACCACCUAGCCGAUGUACAGAACCAUUAAAUUUAGAAUAAGGAAAGAGAAAGUUAAAAAUGUUUUUACAGAGUAAUUACAAUCGCAUGUCUAGUUUGCGUCGCGCCUAACGUUAGUCAAGUCAAUCAGUUGUAUAUCGAAGACAAAUAAAUGUUUUGUAUAUUUCCGUUUUCCAUGAGAUAUGGUGGAUGGUAGACUUCAACUAAGAGAUUGGCUACUUACAUUGCUCGAGCUUAAUGAAACCACAGGAUUGCAAUGGGAAAAUAGAGAAGAGAGAAUAUUCUCUAUUUCUUGGCUACAUGGCAGAAACAAAGGAUGGAAAUGGGAAAAUAACUCGCAUCUUUUCAAACAAUGGGCCUUGUACAAGAACAGAUAUCAGCCUGGCGAUGAUCACAAAAAUGCCAAACUUUGGAAAUCAAGAUUUCGAUGUGCUUUGAAUGCACUUCAUGAUGUGAUUGAGCUCAAGAAUUUAAGCAAGACCAAAGGACAAAAUGCAAAAAAAGUUUAUCAAUUUCAGCGGAAGCUGUUCGAUCACCGCUUCCAGGAAGAGAAAUUUAACGAAGAAUCACCUUAUCUUAGCAAGAAACAUUUUUCAGAAGACAAACAAUACGAUAAUGUACAAUUUGCAACAGAAUUUCAUCCGUCGUCUUUGCGGCACAAUGCAUGGUUUACAUGGUCUGACGAUCCAUUAGAGUAUGAUUCUCAAGGAACAAGGAAAGGUUAG